AUGGCCGAUACAACUAAACCAUACCAGUGCACUGUUUGUCACAAAACAUUCGCCCAUCAUUGCUUUCUCAAACGUCAUGAAGUGGUUCACACAGGAGAAAAGCCGUUCGAAUGUGAUGUUUGUGGCUUCAGAUUUAGCCAAAAAGCUCAUUUAUCCACACAUCUUCGAACGAUUCAUGCCGAACAAACACCGAAAAGCAGUCGCAACACACCAAGAAAUUUGGGUCGCAAAGCCAGAAAGUCGGCGAAAGCUGUUAAUAAUAAGAAUCGGACUGCUUCAACGCCGAAAACGAACAAAAACCAAUCGAUAAAAGCGCCAAAGAGAUAUCGGCAAGAAGUAGAGGAUUUGGAAGCGAUGGAUGAUGACAACGACCGGUCCGAGCAACAACGAGAAAUCGAUUUGAAUUCUGUGGUCUCUUCGAAUCGAGAUACUGGAAAUCACGGAAACAGCGAUGAAGUAUUAUGA